AUGUUGUAUAGGCGAGCAAUGUCAGAGAAUGAUCGAUCAAUCAAGCGUGAUGAAUUCCAAAAACCUCAGCCGCAUGCGAUCAGCCAAAUUGCCCAAGACCAGCGGCUCCUAAAUGAGCUUAUACGCCGUGAUUCAGCGAUCCGAGGAACCGACGGCUAUCUCGCUCAAGCAGUGGAGGUAGAAAGCUGUGCGAAAUCUCGCUACUCGCAGACCGGAGAACGAUUAGAGUCCUUGGCCAAAGCCUUUGGCUCAAAAACUGAGCCAAAGAUGAGCACAGUGGAAAGAGUGGCAGCUCCCAACCUGAUAGAUCGAGAGACAUUGUCGGCCAGAAACCUGUCCGCUGACCAUCCCAGUGACGGAGACCCUCUGAAGCGAAAAAUGGACGUCUUUACAAUGUGCAGCAUUCCCCAACAAAAUGGGGCAACCCAGCAGAUCAGUUUCAGUAAUGAUGAUGAUGAUGAUGAUGAUGAUGAUGAUGAUGAUGAUGACGGCGACGACGACAAAAUGCCAGAACUGCCCGAUCUUAAGCUGUCUGGGAAAUGA